AUGCCGACAGCGAAACAGAGCAUAGAGGAGCGGAGGCGAGGGGAAGUUGCACUCAGCGAGUUCGCGGAGUAUGCCGAGAAGCAGCAGGCCCACCGCUCCGGCCGAGUAGCCCCCAGCGACAGCGGCUAUUCCACCGCCAGUGUAUCCCACGACGUCGAAGACCACGCAGAGCUCGACAUCCUCGACCAACUCGGGCUGUCCGAUAACCCUCGGGCCGCCAAGCUGAAGGAGCUCUUGCUCGGCACUGGUGAUGCAAUUGAGGACAGCUUACAGAUGCUUGCCAGCACAUUACAAACACGAAUAGAUGAAGGUCAUGGAGAAACUCUCUUCGAUCUCGGGUUGGAGGAUGGUGGUGAGUCCAUGGGGUUCGACCUUGCUCAAUGGAACACUGCGCUGCAGCGUCUGCGCGAGGCCGCCGAGACCAUCCCUGCCCAUUGCCGAGUAUUGUUGACCUACAACGUCGGUGGCCCGGAGGAGUCUCCUGUAAAUGCUGGACGAGUGUCAGGGGCAUGGGGUAAAGUACUCGUGCGCCACCAUGCCCACAACAUCGAGGACAUGGCGGAGCUUCGGAUCGCGGUGGUAGGGAAUGUGGAUGCCGGAAAGAGUACCAUGCUGGGAGUUUUGGUGAAAGGUGGUCUUGACGAUGGCCGCGGCAAGGCGCGAGUGAACCUCUUCCGUCACAAGCAUGAAAUUGAGAGCGGACGAACCAGCUCUGUGGGCCUGGAGAUCAUGGGCUUCGACAGCCGAGGCGAGAUUGUCGGCAGCACCAAGGGUCGCAAACUAUCCUGGGAGGACAUCGGCAAACGAUCCGCUAAAGUCAUCUCUUUCUCUGACCUCGCGGGCCACGAGCGAUAUCUCCGCACCACCGUGUUCGGUAUGCUUAGCAGCAGUCCCAAUUACUGCUUGCUGAUGGUUGCCGCCAACAACGGGCUGAUCGGAAUGAGCAAAGAGCACCUAGGCAUUGCUUUGGCCCUCAAUGUGCCUGUCAUGGUGAUUGUCACGAAAAUUGACAUUUGUCCACCUCACAUCUUGCAGGAGACCUUAUCCCAGCUAUCCAAAAUCCUCAAGUCGCCUGGCGCACAUAAGAUCCCUAUCUUCGUCAAGAAUAUGGAGGAGACUAUCAACACAGCCACGCAGUUUGUGAGUCAGCGGAUAUGUCCUAUAUUCCAAGUCUCCAACGUCACAGGCGAGAACCUUGACCUAGUUCGAACUUUCCUCAAUAUCCUACCCCAUCGCGGCCAGUACGAUGAGGAGGGUCCCUUUGAAUUCCUGAUCAACGACACAUUCUCUGUACCUCAUGUGGGCACGGUGGUCUCGGGUGUGGUCAAAUCCGGUGUCAUUCAUGCCGGUGACUCGGUCGUGGUAGGACCUGACUCUCUUGGCCAAUUCACUACAACUGUGAUCAAGUCUAUCGAGCGCAAGCGUAUCCAGGUGAAUGCUUGUUUCGCUGGCCAGUCCGGAUCUUUCGCACUGAAGCGAGUUCGUCGCAAGGAGGUUCGCAAAGGAAUGGUCGUCCUCAAGAAGAUGGAGGAGGCCCCCAAGGUUUUCCGCGAGUUCGUCGCAGAGGUUCUGAUUCUUUCGCACGCAACCACUAUCAAGCCUAAAUACCAGGCUAUGCUCCACGUCGGGGCCGUCAGUCAGACAUGCUCAGUGAUUGACAUAGACCGUCCAUUCAUCCGCACAGGAGAUCGAGCGCUCGUUGCAUUCAGGUUCAUCCAGCGCCCUGAGUUCUUGGCGCCUGGAGACCGAGUACUCUUCCGGGAGGGCAAAACUAAAGGACUCGGUAUCGUUAAGCGCAUCGGAUACGAUUCGUCCAAACCCUUGUACUCCGGUGACCAGGAAGGAGCUACAACUCCUACCUCCACGAAACAUCAUGAUUAA